AAAUAUAUCACAGCUUGUCAUCUAAUUCCUGACUUCGUGCUCACAUUUCAAAGCUUUCACCUGCUCUCUACAAGCGCUCUGACAUUGCGAUCCUGCGUCGCUCUGCGGUUUUGUUCCCUAAGUAGCUUCGCGCGUUUCGUUCCUCUUCUCUGCUAAACUGACAUCUCUCCGCCGCUAGGCAGGAGAUGUCCUUUUAGCGGAGUAAGUAGGCUACGACUUGCCUCCUUACUUCCCUUAAAGACCCUUCUACACCCCCUUCUCUUUCCUCAGACUUCUUUUAACCUCCCUCAGAAAUCUCCCUUCAACGUCCCCUGGAGACUUCUUUUAACCUCCCUCAGAAAUCUCCCUUCAACGUCCCCUGGAAAAAGCUCCGAAUCAGCUCGUUGGCCUCUCCUCCCUCGUUGAAGCUGUCAUUCUGAAAUUCUGUGCCUGUCCUCUUCAACCGCUCUACCGGCUUCUUCAACUCUUACGACAAACCUCUGAGCAAUGGAGUUCCAGCAGUACCAGCAACAGCAGUCUCUCUCCCUCUCCCCGCUCUCCCCCCUCGUCGACCCUCCCGUUGAUGGCGAGGCGGCGCUCGGCAAUGCUCUUCUGGCGGCGCAGAACGCGAUAAUGGGCCUCGUGCGCCUCGUCGAUGCCGUCAGCCAGAACCAGCGGAACCUGCAGCAGCAGCAGCGCGUGCAGGUCGAGAAUCUCCAGCAGCUGCAGUCCGCCCUUGCCUUCGCCGCCCCCGCUCCCCACACUCUCCCUCCGGCUCCGCUCUCCGCCCCGCUCCUCGCACCCCACCCGCUCAUCGCGCACGACGCGCCCGCUACGCUCUACGCAUCCUCCCCCUCAGCGUCCGCCGCAACAUCCUUCGCGCCGUCCCCCGCGUCGUCUGAGGGCUCCCACCCGUCGUCUCUGCCCGUGCUCCAGAAGGUCUUCGCCGGCAAGCGCUCUCGUGGCGGCGACUCCGCCAAGGCCGUCCGCGGAAAGCGCGCCAAACAGGAGCCGCUUUCGCUCGAUGCUGCCACGUGGUCGUCGGAGGAAGACGACAAGGAUUCUGACUCCGACGUUGGCGCGUGCACCCCCGCGCGCGACCAGGGCCCGCGUUACAAGGGCGUGCGCCAGCGCAAGUGGGGCAAGUGGGUGUCGGAAAUCCGCGAGCCCCGCAAGCGCACGCGCAUUUGGCUCGGCUCUUUCGACUCCCCCGAGGACGCUGCCCGCGCUUACGACGUCGCCGCCCGCCUUCUCCGCGGUUCCAAGGCAUCGCUCAACUUCCCCGGCAGCUUCCAACUGGUCCCGCUGCCGCCCGCUACGGCUGAGACGCUGCUGAAGGCGAGUCGCGAGGCCGCAAAGAUGUUUGACACGUCGGAAAUUGCCGAUGCUCUCGAGAAGUCGCUCCACGGGCAGACCGUCCAGACCGCCGGCCUGUCGCUCUCAGUUCCUUCCCCCGCCUCCCCCUCGUCCCCCGCUUCCCCCGCUUCUCCCGUGUCCCCAGCGACUAUUCCCCUUCUGGAACCGUCGCCCGCAAUGACUGCAGUGAAGGUGGAGGCGACGGAGAGCGACACGAGCAGCGAGGGUGCGGAGUGCUUGGAUGCGCUGCUGGCGGACCUGGCGCCGAUCGACAGCACGGAGAGCAUCUUCCGCGACAUGAUUGACGACUUUGACGCGUUCGACGCUUCUCAAGUCGCUGCUUCCAGUGACGCGGAAUUCUUCAGCGUGUGGGCCAACUAGAGUGCUUGCUUCGCAUUUCCAAUGAUUCCUCCGACCUCUCCAUGGCUGCUUCGCGUUCUUCGGUCCUAGUUUGUGCACGAUCUCACGGCAGUUCUGGCAUCUAGUAUAAUUUAUAGUAGGGGUGUGUCAUUUUAGUUGUGUGCGGCAUGGUGUGUUUUAUCAUGUGGCAUAGGUGAUAUACGAUACUGGGCAUGCUGCAUGGAGCUUAGUAUGCCCUGGGUUCUUGUGAUCCACAUGAUGAAUCUCACUUUGUCUUGUCAAUAAAUGCUAGCCUUGUAAUACAAACAUGACGUAUCUAAUUUAGAGCUAGGCUAUCUUGAGCUAACUU